UGAAAUGUGGUUAUAAAUACAAGCGAGACUGUCAUUUGGGGGUGGCCGGUGGCUUGUGCACUUCUACCUACAGCACUCCGGCCAAACACAUCUACCUCACCAAUCAAGAAAUUAUUAUUGAUUCAUUCUAUCUUGGAUUUUACCAUCAGCCCAGGCUAAGCAGAGUCGUUGAAUUAACACGAGCUGCUUCGAAGCGAAGCGAUUUUCCGUACCAUGGAUCUGAUGUGUUGUGAGGCCGACUCGAAUCCGAGGGCCUACGAAGACCCCGUUUUAAUCAAAGACAAAAGAGUGUUGAAGAAUUUGCUUGACACUGAGGAUAGAUAUGUACCCCACAUAUCCUACUUUACUUGUGUGCAGACGGACAUUAGACCCUCAAUGCGGAAAAUGGUCUCCCAAUGGAUGUCGGAGGUUUGCGAGGAACAACAGUGCGAAGAGGAAGUGUUUCCAUUAGCAAUGAAUUACUUGGACCGAUAUUUGUGCGUGAAGGAUACCCACAGGACUAGCCUACAGUUAUUAGGAAGUGCGUGUAUGUUUCUUGCUUCGAAGCUGAAGGAAACGUACCCCUUGACUGCUGAGAAAUUGGUCAUAUACACGGACAAUUCGAUUGGUCUGCAAUCAUUAAUGGAUAUGGAAUUGCAAGUUCUGUAUCACCUGAAGUGGGAUUUGUCAGCAGUAACACCACACGAUUUCUUGGAUCAACUUCUCUCAAGGCUAAUCCCAGACAAGGAAAAGUCAGGAAUCAUCAAAAGACACGCGCAAGCCUUCAUCGCAUUAUGUGCUACAGAUUGCAAAUUCAUGAUGUAUCCCCCGUCAAUGAUCGCCGCCGGUAGCGUUGGAGCUGCAGUCCAUGGUCUGUUCAGCGCAUCGGAACCACAAGAUUUGAAAUUCUUAGAAAGACUCGUCCAAAUAACAGGCAUCGAAGUGGAUUGCUUACGGUAUUGUCAAGAACAAAUUGAACAGUGUUUUGCAAAUAAUUUGUCAACGGUGCAAGAAGCCCCCGAAACUCCUACAAAAUCAGACCCUUUAAAUGGUCAGCCAACGACACCCACCGACGUUAGAGACAUAAAUUUAUACGACCAACCCGGCGUUUGUUGCUGAACAAACACGGAGUCGGAUGCCAGGGUGAAUCCCCGACCCCCCUCCAAGCGGUUCAGGACUGCAACCCCCACCGCAAUAAGCCAGUGCUCCCCAAACAGGAACCUCCCGGGAACCUGGUGACGACCUGCCACGUCGCCCAAGACGUCGCAAGUGAUGUGAUACGCGACUUCGUGACGUCAUUGCUACCAAUUCUCGCCUAAGCCUGCCAUAAAUACGGACACUGCCAGCGACUUCUCAUGUCAUGUGACACUAUCACGUGACGCCGUCGCCUUAUUUAUGACAUUGCCAGAAGACACAUGAUCAUGUGAUUUGGCAACACGUGACAAGUGACGUCAAGUCGCACCCGAACUGUUUAUUUAUACCAGUCAUUUAUACCCGCUGCCGUUUCAUCCUAUUCAUCGUCAUUUGUACCUUGACCAAGCACAACCAUUGCCUCGAUAUCGAGCAAAGUACAUAAUUUAAUAUUUAUAUAUUACUGAUUUUGACUUCUCCGAAUGUUCGAGGACUUAAGUGUGUUAUAUUCGAUCACUAUGGUUUGAUUUGCUAAUAUUGUGAUACGAUUAUGGAAAUAUCGAUUAACUAACACGAAAUAUUGAGCAAUAUUGUGAGAGACAAAUGGAUUGACACCGUCAAGGGCAGCCAUCAAUGCAAUAUAGGUCAGAAUGCCGGAUACAUGCAAAAUCUAUAAUUUAAUAUAAAAAAUUCUUACCCUACCUCUUCGGUUAGAUUUGGGUACCUCCCCUCAUUAAAUUAACUUAACUCUAAUUCUACCUCACCCUCUGUAAUCCUGUUAGCUUAUACAAUUUAAACACCGAUGUCUCGUGAAUUUUAAAAGAAGGAAAUGCCGUAAAAUACUUAUGGUGUCGAUUGAAAUUUCAGUCGUGAUUUUUCCUUCAGUAGUUCGCAUAUUUUCCAGCUUUGGGUCUACCAACGAAUGAAAUGUUAUUUUAAACUGAAUAUCAUUAACGCGAAAGUUAUUGUUAAUGAGUUAUUAACUGAUCGUUUGUGUAGGUCGAUCGAUCGAUUUUAAGUGAUUUCUAUGAAAUAGCGACCGUGUAAUGUGUCUGCGCAUGUCCUGAUACGGGCACAUUGGGAAUCUGCAAUUUGAUUGGGCGUUAACAAUACUGUACACGAUCAUGCCAACAUACUUAAUGAUGUUUUACAAGCUCCCAAACUAUUGUCACUGCCAAGUUCAUCGUAGAAUUUCUUUCUUGAAAAUUCUUUUAGGGUUCAUAAAUGAUCAUUGUUUUUUGUUAAGGACUAAAACAAACAAGUGUACAACAGUAUUGUGAUGCGUCCCAUAGAAAGGGUCUUUCAAGACAUAAAACACUGUGAUAAGUUUUACUAGCGUUUUGCCAACCCAUUUAUAAAUAAUUGUGAAUAUAAUCCUGGUAAGCUAGGUGUGCAUAUGCAAUCGAAUAAUUGGCCGCGACUAUGCCCCAUGGGAAAAGACAUGCACAACCAAUAGUAAUAAUACAUUAAAAAUGAUUUAUUUUUAAUGGUUUUGAGAUCGUUUUCCCGUAAAGGGAGAUAACUCUAAAUGAACGAGGUCCUGUUCCUGAGUGGUCUACCCUUGGCUGAUUAUUGUGAUAAUGUAAAAUAUAGAUUUUAUAGUUGAGGGUUUAGCACCAGGAACACGAUUUUUGUGAUUUAUUUCCAAAUUAAAACACAUGAACUUGUUAAAUUGGUUUUUUGCUUUGUAAUAAGUCUGUGCAUAGUGCUUUCUAGGGUCAAUAGUUUGACUUGUUAAUGAUUGUUCGUCUCCUUGACAAUUAUCGAUGUACAUAAGGAACUUCGCCGAUUCUGCUGUCUCACAGCUGUUAAUAUUCACACAGUGAAGUCUCGAAUGGUGUGUAUGGUUCUCUCGCGCAUGCCGAGUUUUACCGAAGUUGACCGACGAGGUGUGUUACCUCAGCUUGUUGAAUGGAAUGCAAGGAUGGUGUUAAGAAAAUGGUUAAACAAUUGUUUCUGGUUGUAUGGAAGAAUGUUUCAAGUUGGACCACAGUCCUCCCUUUUUUGUUACGAGUGAAGAACUGCAUAAACUUGUCCUGUCAAUUGUAUUGUGUGUACAUAAAGGAGCUGUUGGUGAAUAAAAUAUACCAUUGAUCUU